GCAGAGAGGAUAAUAAGGGAGCAGCUGACCGUUAGAGAGACGCCAUUGUUGUUCUGCUACCUCGGUGAUGUUACCAAAGAUUACGAAUGCUACGAGAGGGCCUGGAGUUUGUCGAAGAAUUCUUUCUCUAGGGCUAAAAAAUCUAUGGGUCUCUGGUGGCUUGGUAGAAGAGAGUUUGAAAAAUCACUGGAACACUUUGAAACCUCACUGGAGAUAAACCCACUGCAAAUAGGCCUGUGGUUCACGUACGGUUGUGCCGGUUUGUCGUGCGGACGGUUUGAGAAGGCUGCCACAGCAUUCAGAAGAUGCGUUAACCUGGAUAAUGACAAUUUUGAAGCCUGGAAUAACUUAGCCACGGCCUACAUAAGAUCUCACAAUAAGCCAAGGGCGUUUGUCACGCUGCAAGAAGCUAUCAAGUGCGAAUAUGAAAACUGGAGAUUGUGGGAGAAUUAUCUCAUUAUAUCAGUGGACAUUGGCCAGUUUGAAGAAACCAUAAGGGCUUAUCACAGACUGCUCGAGUUGAAACAAAAACAUGUUGAUGUUGAGGUUCUUUCCAACUUAACGAAAGCAGUAUGUACUAAUCUGAAAGACGCAUCUGGCGAACAUUCAUCUAAAUUGAAGGGCAAGUUAUUGGCGCUCUUUGGCCACAUUACCUCUCAGGUCACUGGCGAUGGUUGUAUCUGGAGGUUGUAUGCAGAGCUGACCAAUCACGUAGAACCGGGUCAAAACCUCAGCCAAUCAGAGCAGGAGAAAGUAAUAUUUAUGAUGAUGAUGAGGAUGGUGAUGAUGAAUUUUUAA